AUGGAUGAAAAUGACAGAGCCGUGUCGCGUCUAUUCAGGACGUUCAAGACCGUGAAAGAGAUGGUCAGAGACAGGGUACGUUCUUUUUCUUUUUUUUUUUUUUCCACCAAUUUGAGUCAUCUCGAGCUAGCCGUGCCAUGUUUUGACUCACGUUGGCGGGGGACGUCGAGUUGUACGUUUGUACUAACUCAUUAUGUACUGUAGGGCUACUACAUCACACAGGAGGAGCUCGAUAUGACGCUCGAUGAGUUCCGCUCCAAAGUAUGCGACUCAAUGGGCAAUCCGCAGCGCAAGCUCAUGUGUUUCCAAGCCACGCCCACAGCGGAGCAGUUGGACAAAUUCCCCGAUAUGGGCUCCUUGUGGGUUGAGUUUUGCGACGAAGCGAGUGUCGGGAUCAAGACGAUGCGUAAUUUCUGCAUCCAUAUCAGCGAGAAGAAUUUCCAAGUUGGCAUCUUCAUUUAUCAGAAUAGCAUCACUCCCAGCGCCAACAAGUUGAUCCCUACGGUGCAGCCUGCUAGCAUCGAGACUUUCCAGGAGAGCGACUUGGUGGUGAAUAUCACGCAUCACGAGUUGGUUCCGAAGCAUAUCAAGUUGAAUCGCGACGAGAAGAGGGAGUUGUUGGAGAGGUACCGGUUGAAGGAGAGCCAGUUGCCGCGCAUCCAGCGCGAGGACCCCGUGGCUAAGUAUUUGGGGUUGAAGCGUGGCGAUGUGGUGAAGAUUAUUCGGAGAUCGGAAACGUCGGGGAGAUACGCCUCCUAUAGAUUCUGUUUGUAA